AGCUACUAGAUAGGUAUACAAAUUAACAGCUGUUUUUUUUCACUAUUGGCAAUGAUGCUUGCAAAUCCCCUGAUGAGAAUAAUGAGACAUUGCAACAAGUUUUUCUUGUUUCAAUUAUAUUCGUACAUACGAUAUCGUGGAUGAUCUACGCAAGCGCGCACGAGGAGGGUAUACAAUUCAGUUUCGCAAUAUUACGAGCAUCACGAUCUGCUCCGUUCGUCGGUGUGUUAAUUAAAUGCAGGCGCGAAACUGCAAAGCGAGGGAAAAAAAGAGGAGAGAGAUUCGCGUGCGCGCUGAUCCUGUGAGCGAGCACGAGCUCCUUUGAGCGUGCAAGCGUCACACGAAGGAGCGAGUAGGAGAAGAGGACGAGGAAGAAGAGCGGCAGCAGGUACACAAGCGGAGGAAGCAGAAGAAGCGAUCAUAACUCCGGGCUCUUCUGUAUAAGACAAUGAUACAGUUACACGAUGCUCUCAGUUGUGGGCCAAUCGUAAGAGGUACGGUUCAAAGAGACUCAUACGUGAAAGUGUAAUGAACCGCGACAAGGAUACGCUAAUUACAUGUCCGGUCCGAUGUAAUUAAAUAGAUAAACGCUAAUUAACAUCGCCGGAAGCGACCGCCAAAUGACAGGGUCGCUCGCAAAUCGGCGCAAUCGAUCAAGAUAAUGAAUGAAUGUCUGACAGUGAUAAAACAGAAGCAUUUUUCCUGUGUAAUAGAUUUUUAUGCGAUGAUGUGUGCAUCGAGUUUUCACGAUUUAUCUUGAAAUACAAUGUAUUACGCGGAAAGAAUUGUUGACGGUUACGUUCACAAUUGCUAAUCGUGUGUGUCUAUCUUCGGUUAAAAGGAUACUUCUUUCAGGGACGUUUCGUGUGAGUGAAUCGUAAUUCAUAGAUUGUGGAUAAAGUGAGAUGUCAGACAACGGUUAAGAAGUAAUAAAGCAUUUUAAUUAAGAAAGGAGAAUAAGUCAAGAUUAAUUGAAACAUAAAUAUUGCCAACCAAGAGUAAAGAUGAUCGUGUCACAACAACACGCGCGAGAAUAGUGAGAACAACUUUUAUUCAAAACUAAAAGCACAGUGGAAGCAGGAAAUUGUACAAUAUAGGCAUCAUGUGAAGUAAAAUGAAGUGAAUAUUCUUGGAGCACGAAAACUUUCUGUCAGCAAUGGAAUAUUAUCAACGGGGAUUCCUCGUUUUCAUCAUUUGUUUCCUACGAUCCUCUCAAGUAUCGCACUCCAGCGGCCUCGCUAUCGAUAAUCAACUUGUAAUCAUCGCAAAUGAUUGCUAUACACGAGUAGCUAUCGGAUUUAAAUUGCCGGACAUGGACAUCUUCUCCAGCGUCGCGGUUGGCAGCAUUUCGGAAUGCGAGGACGAGUGUUCCAAGAGAAGGAAUUCCUGUAACGCGUUUACUUUCGGGAUUAGUAUCAAGGGUAACGGGACAUGUGCGCUGAGUAGAAAAAUGCCGAAGCCCGAAGAACUGCAAACUCACGCCGAUUACGAUGUCUACGUGAGAAGUCAACGUUCGUUACAUUGCGAACCUGAUCGACUUUACAAGAUGAGAAGCGGCGGCAUCGGAGAAAGGGGAAACGAGACAAAGUCGACCGUGAUAUUUGGAAGUGGCCUUUCGGAUCCGACAAUAUCAAGUAUCCUGUCAUCUUCAAGAAACAUGGGAAACACGAUGCACGUUGUUAAUCCUUCGUACCAGCAAGGAUACGUGAAUUCCUUGGACGAUGAGCGCCGGAUCUCCGAUAUCCUUAGAAACAGAAAUUCAAUAUCGCCAGCCAGCAGUCCUUUCGGAAUCAACAACGUAGAAGUCGUUAAUGAUCUCUCGAUAUAUCCCAACCGGAAAUCGGUGUUCGAUCAACAAAUAUAUUCCGACCCGAAUUACGAUCUCGGUCGACCGUUCACUCGAAAUCCUUUUGACGAUAUCAACUACCUAAAUUUCGAAUCAAACUCGGGCAACGAUCAUCGGUUAUAUAAACCUCUCACUGUCCAUAACGGGUUCUUCGAUAUUCUUUCGAGGCCCAUCUUCGCCCACGAAACAUCGAAGAACAAGUCUCCAGCAGAUUUCAAAUUCUGGAUCGAUCCGACGAAAGAUCGAAACAUAUUUACGAGUCAUCAUCAACAUCACAAUCAAGGAUAUUUCAAUAAUAUGCAUAGGAAUCACGGGAUUAUGAUGCGACCGAAGCAGAACGAGUUAGUCACAGGAAGUUAUGAUAUCAAUAAAAUGUCUCCAACUGUCGCUAAUAAUUUCGAGACGGAUGGGACAAGAAUUUCAACUGGAAGAUUCAAGGGCACUUAUGAUAUCCGGAAUCAAGGAUCGUGGAUAUUUCGUGGUUUUGAUGCGAGGAUCGCCGACAAAUCAUGCUACAGAAGACUGCUGGCCGGCAAGAAGAGCUUGGAACUGCAUGUCAGACGCGCCGUCGAGUGCGAAAACAUCGAAGAUUGCCAUCGCGCCUGCGACUAUGAGAAAUUUUUCAUUUGCGAGGGUUUUAAUUACAGACGCUUGGGACAUGGGGCGAGAGGGAUGUGCGAGAUGACAUCGGUGCCUUAUUCUCGCAUGGACUUUCAUCGAGACUUCGUAUCGGAUCCUCAAUGUGAUUAUUACGAGAGGGAUCCGAAUUGCGUGGCAAACGGGCCUGGAAUAAGACCAUCCUACUGGAAUCAACCAUCUAGACCUAGUCAAUCCUACGGUCCACCUUACGGCUCUCCUCAUGAAAGACCAGAUACAAGACCCUACGUCCCGGAUCGACGCCCCGAGGAAGUACCGCGACCUAUGGAUUACGAUCGACCGCCCUUAGAAGAAAUUCCCCGACCGUUAGAUUUCGAUCGACGUCCAUCAAACGAAAUUCCGCGACCGUUAGAUUUCGAUCGACGUCCAUCCAACGAAAUUCCGCGACCAUUCGAUCACGGAGAUCAUCGGCGACCGCCGAUCUACGGGCAUCCUCCUCAUCACGGACAAUACGAUGAUACGUUUGAUCGAAGAAAUUAUCUCAAUAAUCAAGGUCAGACUGGAUAUUCAGGACCAAGAUCUGAAGAUUCAUUCCGCUAUGGCGGUCGGUAUCCAUCUAGACGACCCGUUGACGACGAUUUUUACAACAGAAACAUACCAUGGACGCGGUAUCCGAAGUAUCCGAAUAGACGAAUCGAUCACGGAUCCGCUCACGACAUAGGUACAAACGAAAUCGGACCGUACCUGCCGGACUAUCCAAAGGAUCCGAGUCGGGACUGGGGUACUUACGGCACCACAUAUGGCGGCUCUUAUGGCUACGAUACGAAUUACGUGGGAAAGUUCGACGCGUCGAAGCAUUAUCCGAAACCGCCGCAGCCUAAACCGCCCCCGCCUCCACCCCCGCCACCACCACGCCCUUACGAGAACGACCACUUUUACGGAGAUUUUUACAAUUAUGGCGGUGCGUUCGGAUACGGUGAUAAUUACAUUCCGGCCAAUCAGGAUCCGCUUUACGGCGGUACCGGAAAAACGGAAGAGUGCUCCGUCCGAGCCGGUGCGGGAUUCAAACUUAGCAGAGGUGUCGUCCGAAAGACUUAUCUGACGGCGAAUUUAGAUCAAUGCGAAAGCCUGUGCCUUAACGAAAAGAGUUACAUUUGCAUGAGCUUCAGUUAUAGGUACAAUGUAGCACCCACGGACCCAACGGACAAUUGUCUUCUCAGCGACGUUUCGUAUAAAGAUCUGAAUUUUUAUAUCGAUAUUGAACCGGACCGUGAUUAUGAUAUCUAUGCCAUGAUCGCCAACUCGAGAACCUGCGGCACGAAAAGAGAACCGAGUCCGCAUCCUCCGGAUGAAUGUUUUUGGAGAGUCAGAAGCGGAUUCGGGAUGCCGGCGGACGUCGUUAGAAAAUCGACAACAGUCAAUAAUCUAGGGGAAUGUCAAGCGGCGUGCAUUUUAGCGCAAGACUUUACAUGCAGGAGUUUUGCAUUCAAGUAUGAAUUACAAGACCGAUCCGAUGUUCCAACUAAUUGUUAUCUAAGUGAUUGGCCCUCGCAGGAUAUCAAUCCUGCUCAAAUGCCGGAUAUGGACAGCGCGGAAUUGUACGAGAAGGGUAGUUUUGGCAGAGGCUGCGAACCGUAUGCCGUGCCAUUCUUUAAUACGGAGCAAUUCAGUAGCAAGCAAUCUCCGCAAGUUUGUUACUUUGGAUAUACCAAGCCAUGCAAAUUGACACCUUACGCCGUGCUUCUGGCAACGCAUGUAAAUUCGGAGCAAGAUUGUCGACAGAAAUGCUCGAGAAUGAGGGAAACUAAUUCUAUUCCUUGCAUGUCUUAUAGUUUCAAACUCACUACGCACGGCACAGAAGAGAAUUGCUUGCUUAGUGAUGUACCUAUAAGAGACUUGCGACCAGGUCUGGAUUACAUCUACGACAACAAUCACGUCCUGUACGCAUGGAAAGAUCUCGAUCCUUAUUGCGUGAUUACGGGCGAUUCCAUCGAUAACGAUCAUAUGUUUGGCGGACAGGGUCAUGCGAGACCGCAACUUCCAGGCCCUGCUCGACCCGAUUUUAGCCAGGCCGGUUAUCCAAGCGUGAAACCUGACGAUAUUUACCCAGAUCCUAGACCUUACUUUAAACCAGGAAGUUAUCAUUACGGCACGAGGCCGGUCGAUCCUGACAAGCCCGAUUCUAUCAGACCGCCCGAUUCUAAUCGUCCUGCCGUUGGAUACGGUAUUUAUCCCGGUGGACUUGGCGGGUCUCUUUAUCCGAACGAUUUUUCGACUUUCCGCCAUUACACGGUAAACGGCUAUCCGUGCAAGAAGGGUACGAAGUGCGAGAAGAACAAAAUCGCCGGAUUCUGGAGCUGCGAGCCGGAAGGAAGCGAGUACGGUAGUUGGGACUAUUGUUGCGCACCGACUCAUCAUUGCGGCUUCUCACAAGGAUACCAAUAUCCAUGGUGCUACGUGGGAUCAUCGGAGGAUCAAUGGCGGCCUUGCAGCGAGAAAUAUUAUCCCUACCUCCCAAGUCCGCGGCCGAUCCGGCCCAUGAUCGGAAGUAACGAUCGUCUCGAUCAUCACGAUCGUCACGAUCGUCCUGAUUAUCGAUACGAUCCCGGUUACAGCAGGCACUGGCCCAUCACGUACUUGCACGGGGAAUCGCCGCCGAAUUGCACGGAUUCACUCGCGUCCGCGGAUAACAGCGAGGCUCGUCGUUCGAACGAGACCACCCCCGUCACGAUCGUAACCAAAGGCGACAAGAACGAUACCGCGAUCGCGAACCGGGCGCGUCGACGACGGCUACGGGUGCGUACGAUCGCCAACGAUCGCCGUGCGAUCUUCUCACGAAAAAUUGGCCCGGAUCGCGAAAAAUCGGCCCGGAUCGCGACGAACGAGGCCACGCAAAAUCAAACUAAUCGCGAGCGCGCCGCGAAAAUUGAACGGGUUUCGAAACCGAUGAGCACUGUCGCGUCGAUCGCGGCGCCGAUCGUCGCGCCGCCCGCGGCGGCGAACGCAAGUGACGGGGGCGCGCGAUUCAAAGACACGAGGAGCAACGACGGGAUGCUCCAAUUGGCCCUAAUCACGCCAAAUAAUUCACUGCCAGCUCCGGGGGCCUAAUAUUCGCGGCGAAUAUAUUUAUGUACGAUCUCGCCAUGAGAUAAACGACUAUAGAGAUAUACUUUAAUUAUAUUAAUGUCCAGAUAUUAUUUGAAGAUUGAACGAAAUUGGUCGAUAGAUAUUUCAAGAUAAAAUAUAUUGCGUGUUUAUUUGAGGAAACUAUAUGAAAUUUUUGUUUUAUAAUCUUGUAAUAAGUUAUGAUUACGUUAUAUGUUUAUGUUUUAUAAUCUUGUAAUAAGUUAUGAUUACGUUAAUUUUGUAAAUACAUAGAUAGAGAUUCUAAGAUUAAACAUGAAAUUAAUUUCCUAGUGUUAUAAUCGAAAUUCGUAUAUUAUUGUACUUAAAUUGGAAGUGUCGCUAUUUAAAUCAAUCAAGAUAUUACAAUAUAUGAUUGCGUUUAAUUUUUAGUAGAUAAAAUUGAUAAAUAUUAAUACAUUUUGAAGUUACGUAAUAUUUCGUAAUAUAGCGACCAUUAUCGAACUGCAAUAUAUAUUUCAAUCGUGAAAUUGCAGUAUCUUAAUAGCUCGUCAUAUCGCAAUUUAUUUAUAAUAUCUCGUCAUAUCAAUUUAUUCACAACUGUAAUCAACGUCAUUACUUUAAUAUCUGAGUUAACCUAAAUUAAUUGCAAAAAGAUAUGAUAAGAUUAAAUGAGAUAAGGUUAA